AGAAAGAGAUAGCUAAAAAGCUUGUAUUAGAGAGAAGACGGGUCGAGUUGAGGAGUUAGUAUAACUCAGUGAGUGGGUUCGACCGAGUCAGGACGAAAUUGGGAUAUAAAUCGAAAAAAAUCAAAAACAAAAAAAAAAAAAAGGAAAAAAAGGAAAAAAAAAAACCCACAGGAAGGGGACUUUGGGCUUAGGAACGAGAUGGUGAAGAACGAGAAGGAGAUUAUUACCACUACCACCACCUCCACCUUCUUUCUCUUUCUCUCUCUUCUUUUUCUUUCUUACCCAAUCUUUCCUAACCUUAACCCUAACCCUAACUUCUUCUCUUCUUUAUUCGCCAUCGUCGCCCAUCUUAUUCUUUGCUGUUUUUCUCCGCGAUUCCUUUCCUCGUCUCUUCAAUUCUCUCGCUGUUUCUUCGUCUUGCUGGUUUGGCCAAUUGGGGUUCGGGAGCUUUUUCGUUGGGGAAGAUUUUCGAUUUCUUCCUUUUUACGGCGGCGCUCGGUCCCGGUGCUCGGAUUGCCUUCGGAGGAUAAAGGUUAAUUGGAUUGAUUGGGUCGUGUCUUUUGAUUUUGACGUGAAAAGAGGUUUUUCCUUGAGUUUGCUGGAGGAGAGGUUAUUAUGGUAUUGUCUCUUAAUGUAAUGUACUGAGACGUAGUAGCGGGAAAAGAAAAAAGGGUACAUUUGCAUUCCCCUAAUGGAAGAGUUUGGUGUUGCUGCUCGGUUUGAUGGUAUUGGCAAUACUGUGAGAAAGAAGAGGAGCCAAACUUGUCGUCGACCUCGACCGGAUUCACAGACGCAUGUGGAAAAUAAUGAUGAAUCGCCGAUGUCGUCAACACCACCUUCCGAUGAUGUGAAUAAGGCUUCUAGUGAUGAGAAUGCUGGUUAUGAUUCAAAUUCAAACAGGAAAGAGUUCAGUCUUAAUCAAUGUAUGUCCAAGGUUUCUUCCGCUGCUGGGAGAGAUAGAAAGGAUGGGGGGUUUAAUUUAUAUCACAGUAACGAGCCAGGGCGAAGUGGGUCCAAUAACAAACGUUCAAGCGAAGGUGUCCUUGCGCCAGCUAAUUGGAAAGGCUCGAGCACGGGGAAGGAUGGUGUUGAAUCAGAAUCAAGAGGUGCAGAUGUACUUAGUGGACGGAAUGGAGAGAGUUCGAGUUCUAGGCAGUCAGUAAUGUUGGAUGGAUUUGGAAAUGAAAAUAAGGUUAAAAAAGUUAAGCUCAAAGUUGGUGGUGUGACACGUACAAUUCAAGCCAAUUCUGCCUCUAAUGGUAUGUCAGGUGGUACUGGAUCCUCCUCAAAAAGUUCUCGAGCCUCAGAUGCCUCUAGACCGCGGCAGAAGCAUAGUAUUCAGCAGGCAGAUUCAGAUGAAUACAUUUCCUCUUCCGAUAAGAGAAGUGGCUUACAAGGAAUUCCGUGGAAGGAUUUCUCAAGAGCUGGUUUUAGUAUUAGGAGGGACGAUUCUUUGAUGGGGAAGGCUUCAGGUAAGAGUUCCUCCGGAAGGGAAGGGGACAAGUCUGAACCAGUGCGUAAGAGCAAGCGGGUUCCCAAGAGGCGUGUGCUUGAUGGGGACUUUGAUGAUGAGGAGGAUGAUGAAAUCCGGUACCUAGAGAAACUUAAAACGUCAAAGGUUGCUCCAGGUUAUAGAGAAGAUGAUGAAGAGCCUAGCAAGAAACAUAGAAAACUUUCUGUGGUUUCCAAUAUUGAAAUUGGUGGUCCGUCAAGGUCGGCCAAAGAUGGGAAGAAGAAGUUGAGGUUAGAUAGAUUGUCUGGGGACACUGACUAUGAGGAAGACGAAGAGUCAUCUGAUGGUGAAAUUGAUGGUAAGAAGAAGAGGAAAAAGCAGAGGAAGGAAACUGUAGACUCAUUGAUGGAUGGUAAGAGGGAAAUGACUCUGACAACACGUCAGCGGGCUCUUCAGUCUAGCAAAGAUGCUUCAACUUCUGGUACAAGCUUAAUUGAGUUUCCAAAUGGUUUACCGCCUGCUCCACCAAGAAGGCAAAAGGAGAAACUUACGGAUGUGGAGCAGCAACUAAAGAAAGCUGAGGCUGCCCAAAGACGUAGGUUGCAAGUGGAGAAAGCUAAUAGGGAGACUGAGGCCGAGGCAAUUAGGAAAAUCCUGGGUCAAGAUUCUAGCAGGAAGAAACGGGAAGAUAAAAUAAAGAAGCGCCAGGAGGAGCUGGCACAGGAGAAGGCUGCUAAUGCUUUAUUACUCGCAUCAAACACCAUCAGAUGGGUGAUGGGUCCUACUGGGACUGUGGUGACAUUCCCAAAUGAAAUGGGCUUCCCUAGUAUUUUCAACUCCAAGCCCUCCAGUUAUCCUCCUCCACGAGAAAACUGCGCGGGCCCUUUGUGUUCUAACCCAUACAAGUAUCGGGAUUCAAAGUCAAAGCUUCCUCUUUGCAGCCUGCAAUGCUACAAAGCCAUUCAAGAAAAGAUGCUAGCUGAAACUACCUGCUAGUGCUCGCAGUAACCUGGCUUUAGCUUUGAGGCUUUGCCAGUUUUGUCACAUUUAUGUUGAUAAACAGAUAUUUUUAUGUAGUGCUCUGUAUUUGGAGAUCGGUGAACAAACUCUUUGACUUAAAGUAGAGAGAGAUUAAUACAAGUUCUUGCUAUUCUUCAGAUGUU